ACUGUGCAGUUUUUGGGGGGUAAAUACAGUCACGUGCCGCGCGAGCAGCCAAUAGCAGCUGCAGAGACUUGCAGAAAUAAUUACCUGGUUUGAUUGUUCUAUGGCCAGAUAAAAAAGUACACAUACACUCCAUAUAAUAAUCGGACGCAUGUAAAAGAGAGUGGAGCUUCGUCAUGUCGACCACGGGUCCCAUAAGUAAUUAUUAUGUGGAUUCCUUGAUAAACCAUGAGAACGAGGAGGCUCUGGCGACUCGCUUCUCGGCUCCUGGAGCUCUCGCCUCCGGCUCCCGUCCUGCACCCCUAGCAGUGCCGGAGUGUGCAGAUUUUCCGUCCUGCAGCUUUGCCCCGAAACCUCCUCCUGUCUUCACCACGUCUUGGGCCCCAGUUCACUCCCAGUCUUCAGUGGUCUAUCAUCCAUACACUCAUCAGCCGCACCUAGGCACGGACUCCAGGUAUGUGCGUUCCUGGCUGGAGCCCAUCUCCGGUGCCGUAUCCUUCACCGGCUAUCCGGCCAACAGCCGACACUACGGGCUGAAAAGCGACGCUUUCCCGGAGCGCAGAGCCGCCGAGUGCCUGGGCUCCAACGGACGCAGCUAUACGGAUUAUCUCUACAGCUGUUCUGGUGAUAUUCGCGAUAAAGCGCAGCAGAACAUCCCGUCUCCGGAGUCGGAGGUUUUGGCUUCAGACAAGCACAAAGACGACAAGCCCGAAUUAGACCCGAAUAAUCCGGUGGCGAAUUGGAUCCAUGCGCGCUCAACAAGGAAGAAACGAUGCCCGUACACCAAAUACCAAACACUUGAACUCGAAAAGGAGUUUUUGUUCAAUAUGUACCUUACAAGGGACCGUCGAUACGAGGUUGCCCGAGUCCUAAACCUGACGGAGCGACAGGUUAAAAUCUGGUUCCAGAACCGACGGAUGAAGAUGAAGAAAAUGAAUAAAGAAAAGACAGAGAGCAAAGAACAGUAGUAAACAGUCGAAAAGCGCAAGAAAAAAGAAGCCAGACACCUGAACAGCGUAUUCCACAUAACCAGGCACGCUGCAAAAAAAAAAAAAAGGCUUCCAGGCCCAUCGUAUCAGUCUCUUUACAUUUGUAUUUGCUUCUAACUUUUUUUCCCCAAACUUUGCAAUGUUUUGUUUUGUCUGUUUUAUUUCGUCAGACUGUCGGAUGUGAGAUGUUUAAUUUCAGUGUUGUAGUAUAACACUUAAGCUUCUUGGAAAAAAAAAAAAACUGUACCUGGCAGAAAUGGACCGGACAGGAUCUGACAAUAAACGAAAUAGUCACUAGUGAACACUAAGAGUGUUU